CGGAAAAGUAGAGAUGGGAGUGUGUUGAUGGGAGUGUGUUGAUGCGAGAGUGUGUGGUGGUGUUUUGACGAUGACCGACGGGGGGGUCAGUUUGCGGACGUUGCUGGAUCAGCAAGAGGCGCUGUUGGGUGGUCGGUCGGUCAGGCAGCUCGACGAGCGCGAGUACGCCGCCUACAUGGAGAAGGAGAAGCAGAUCACCAUCGCCCUGCAGAACAGCACCAGCGUCGAGGUCGAUGACGAGAUUCUCCAGGCGGUGCGGACCGUCCACGAGCGAACCAGCAACCAGCUGGCAGCUCCAGGCGCCUCGUCGUCAGGCGGGUCAUCCUCAUCCUCGUCGGCAUCUUCAUCGCGUUCGAGUCGCAGCAGCAGCAGUAGCCGGGGUCGGCACCGGUCAGAUCUGGUGGAGCUGUCGGUGCGGGGCACCCGCUUCACGGUUCCGCUGACCACCAUCGCCGUCGUGCCCGACUCCCUGCUGGCCACAAGCAUCCACGGCGGCUCACGGGAGCUCGACAUCUCACCCCGAUACUUCUCCAAGAUCCUCGAUGCGCUCAGGCGCGGCCGCAGCAACCGGACGUCGUCGAUCGACUCGCUGCCCGAGGCGGACCGUCCGGCGUUCGUGUCGCUGGUGCGGCAGCUGGGGGUGGAGAAGCUCUUCAUGCGCCUCGAGACCAUCCCAGAGGAGGCCACCGACGCCGAGGCCGCACAGGAGGUGCAGACCGAGGAGACCACAGCUGUGGCUGAGGGCCAGCAGGCCGCCACCGCCGACGAGUCCGGUACGCAGACUCACCCACGGAGCGAAGGGAUGGGAUACAUGCCUGUCUGUAUGCCUGCAUGCGUGUGUGCGUGUGUGUGUGUCUGUGUGCGAUGUGUUUGACAGAUUCGCCCCCGGACUCCCCGCACCCGAAUCGCAUCGACAUCAUCCUGCGUGGUCAGCGCGUGUCGCCCGUGGACGCCAUCACGUUUGAGGAGUCGAUCAGCUACAGCGUGCACCCGGACGGGGUGCUGCUGUCGUGCCUCGUCGAGGCCGUCGUCGAGACCAUCAAGGGGGCCGUCUUCUACAGGCUGCUCUACCAGAUCACCGACAAGGAGGCCGACUACCUCAGGCAGCUCCUCCAUAGCAGGCCGCCACCCAAACCCACACGAUACACUGACGACACCGCCGCCGCAGACGAGGUCGAGGACGCACGCGCAAAGGCGCCGACGGAGCCCCCCAGCCCGCCGAACGCGACCUCGUCCAACAACGGCACGUCGACCAACGCUGCCACAUCCAGCAACGGCAGUGGGAGCGGCAGCAGCGGUGCCGCGGCCACCACCACCACUGCAGAGGCGUCACCAUCCCAGCCAUCACAGCCAUCCCCGGCUGACACGCCCGCACCCACACAGACCCAGCCGUCCUCUGAGUCGGCGCCCCCUCCCCCUUCCCCUCCCUCCGACCCCCCACCCACACCCACACCCACACCCACACCCGCACCGGCCCCGGCAGACUCGCCCGCCGCACAAGCACCAGGAGAGGCGGAGAGUGCGGCCAAAGAAGGCGAGCAACAGAGGGAGGGCAGCGAGGCAGUGGCGGCCAGCAGCAGCAGUAGCGGCAAUGGCAAUGGCAAUGGCGGGGAUCAGGCAGCAGCAGCAGCAGCUGCUGCGGAGGGCGAGGGCCCAUCGAGCCCGCCGACGCCCGCGCCGUCGUCGAUAGCUGAGCCGGUGCAGAUGACGCGUGCCGAGAAGAUCGACAGGAAGGUCGAGCUGGCGUUGAAGGGCAGGGUGCAGGCCUGCCGCAUCAAGGACCACCACACCUUCCCCGUCGACCACUGGAAGGACAUUCACAUCCACGUAAGUCACUCGGGGGGUCGGGGGGUCGGUGGGGCUUGGGGGGUGGGUGGGCUGGGCACCAUCACACGCACGACAGACCACCCACAUAGAUAUGAUGGGGCUUUGUCUUCUGUCGUCUGGUGUGGUGUGUGUGUGGUUGUGUCUGUCAGACGAUCUCGAUGGACGGCGACGUGUGCGCGUACAGUCUGGCGGACCUGAUGGUGGAUGGGGACACAAUUUUGCGGGGGGACGAGCCGUGCGGCGGGCUGCCCAGGCAGAUAGUCGUAGAACUCACUGUCAACGUCGAGAUCGACGUCAACGGCAGAGUCUAGCAGCCCACACCACACACACAUACAGGCAUACAGACAG